CAUAAAGAAAAAAAUAUGCAAAGAGGAGGUCGACCGAAGCACAGUUUUUGGGAAGAAGGAGGAUUUCAGCGUAUUCGUGAAAACGGAAAACAAGUUGCAUCAUGUGUAAAGUGUAAAAAAAUAAUUAAUAAUACCGCUGAACAACGAUUGAAGAGUCACAGGAAGUCGUGUAUUUGGGAAAACUCUGAUUCAAUUUCUGAAUCGGAAGAUAAUUGUAAUAUAACAUUGUCUAAAAAACGAAGAAAUCGGUCUGGGAGCUAUGAUGACAAUAAUAACAGUGAUCUUAAGAGAGGUUCUUAUGAUGAGGCUGCUACUCCAUCAUCGUCUAUUCAAUUAAAAAAGGAGAAGCGUAAAAUCAGUUCUUUUUUAGACUCGAUAAGUGACAAAGAACACUUAAAAAUUGACGAAGCUUUAAGUAACUUUUUUUAUAGUAAUAAUUUAUCAUUUGAUCUAAUUCAAGAUCCUUAUUUUAAAAAAUUUUGUAAAAUAUUACGGCCUGCAUAUGAAGUCCCUAGUGAAGUAAAGUUAUCGACAACUCUACUUGAAAAAGCUCACGAUAAAUUUACUGAUCGUAAAGUAAACUUGAAGGAGAAAAAGGGAACAUUAUUAUUUUGUAAAAAUGUUGCUCAAACAAAUGGCUUAGAGAUUAAUGCUAUAACAAAAACUGGAAAUGAUACAUUAUUUCUAAAGUCUUGGAUCUUGGAAGAAGAACGUGAUUAUAUAAGUAAUUAUUUACAAAUGAUUAACGAGUCAAGCUCGAUCGCACUUAAAAAGUAUUAUAUAUCAGUGUAUGCUGUGAUAUCAUUCAUAAACAUACCAAAAAAUAAUCGUAUUCUUGAUUCCACAUCAGCAUCGCCACUUCUAUCGGAAUCUAUAUCUAUGUGGCACUUCGAUUGUCAUUUAGAAACUGUCGAUACACUUAUUGCAGCAAUUCAUGAUGAUUCUUUAGAAAUCAAAAUUAAUCGUCUGCUAAACGCGAUAAAAAGUACUGAUAUUGAAGAAGAAUUAGUAAAACGAGGUGGAGAUACUCUAUCCUGUCAAACAAGAUGCUCAGCUUUUAUACUAUUCUAAAUUAUCGGUAAAAUAAAUGAUUUAAUAAAGUUAAUAAGUUUACCAAUGAGAUUAUCUCGAUGGAUAUGAACUUAAUUAUAUUAUCUAAAAACAAAAGAAACCCUUUUGUAGAGAAUUUGAUUUCCUAUAAGCAUAUUUUCAUGAUUUUUUAUCAAAAUUUAAAUAAUGUAACAAAUAUUCCAAAAAAAUAUAAUUUUAUCGAAUUUUAUUGAACUUAAAUUAGCCGCCGGCACGUGUUAUUUUUGUUAAAAAUCA